AUGACCCCGGAGUUCGACCCCAUAGCUGCCUAUGAGGCCUGGGGCGCUACUCUGCAAUCGGAUGCAGAGGGGUGGGAUUUCCAGGCUUGGUCAGAGGAUGAUGAAUCCCUGACCGACGGCGAAGAUCUCCAGUUCCUCCUUGGCAGGGAACUGGAUGAAGACGAUGAUGAUGACAUGUCCUGGGAGGGGAAUUUCUCCUCCUCGGAGGAAGAAACCGUUGGCACGUCCACCGAGGAAGAAUCGGCAGUAGGAGGCUUCCUAUGUGGUGGGUCGUUGGAGGACGACGAGGAUGAUGAUGAUGAAGAGACUGAAGGCAGCAGCGGCCACAAUGGUGACAGUGGUGGGGACAACGGCAGCGACAACGACGGCAGCAACGACGAUAGCGACGCCAGCGUAGCCCCUCUGAUCAAGCGCCGCAAGGUCUUAGGCACCCACUGGUGGUAG